ACGUUCCCGCGGCGGGCUCCGCCCCCCGGCCAAUCGGACCGGCGCUCGGUGGAUCCCAGAUUCUCUUUGUUCCGCAGCCAUUUCGGGCCCCGGACAGGAGGCAGUGUCGCUUCGGCCGAAGGCCUGAGCGCCCGAGGCCUCUGGGAUGGUGUGGGACCGGCAAACCAAGAUGGAGUAUGAGUGGAAACCUGACGAGCAAGGGCUUCAGCAAAUCUUGCAGCUGUUGAAGGAGUCCCAGUCCCCAGACACCACCAUCCAGAGAACCGUGCAACAAAAACUGGAACAACUUAAUCAAUAUCCAGACUUUAACAACUACUUGAUUUUUGUUCUUACAAAAUUAAAAUCUGAAGAUGAACCCACAAGAUCAUUGAGUGGUCUCAUCUUGAAGAAUAAUGUGAAAGCACACUUUCAGAACUUCCCAAAUGGUGUAACAGACUUUAUUAAAAGUGAAUGUUUAAAUAAUAUUGGUGACUCCUCUCCUCUGAUUAGAGCCACUGUUGGUAUUUUGAUCACAACUAUAGCCUCCAAGGGAGAAUUGCAGAAUUGGCCUGACCUCUUACCAAAACUCUGUAGCCUGUUGGAUUCUGAAGAUUACAAUACUUGUGAGGGAGCAUUUGGUGCCCUUCAGAAGAUUUGUGAAGAUUCUGCUGAGAUUUUAGAUAGUGAUGUUUUAGAUCGUCCUCUCAACAUCAUGAUUCCCAAAUUUUUACAGUUCUUCAAGCAUAGUAGUCCAAAAAUAAGGUCUCACGCUGUUGCAUGUGUCAAUCAGUUUAUCAUCAGUAGGACUCAAGCUCUAAUGUUGCACAUUGAUUCUUUUAUUGAGAAUCUCUUUGCAUUAGCUGGUGAUGAAGAACCAGAGGUACGGAAAAAUGUGUGCCGAGCGCUUGUGAUGUUGCUCGAAGUUCGAAUGGAUCGCCUGCUUCCUCACAUGCAUAACAUAGUUGAGUACAUGCUACAGAGGACUCAAGAUCAAGACGAAAAUGUGGCUUUAGAAGCCUGUGAAUUUUGGCUAACUUUAGCUGAACAGCCAAUAUGCAAAGAUGUACUCAUAAGGCAUCUUCCUAAGUUGAUUCCUGUGUUAGUGAAUGGCAUGAAGUACUCAGAUAUAGAUAUUAUCCUACUUAAGGGUGAUGUUGAAGAAGAUGAAACGAUUCCUGAUAGCGAACAGGAUAUACGGCCACGUUUUCACCGAUCAAGGACGGUGGCUCAGCAGCAUGAUGAAGAUGGAAUUGAAGAGGAAGAUGAUGAUGAUGAUGAAAUUGAUGAUGAUGAUACAAUUUCUGACUGGAAUCUAAGAAAAUGUUCUGCUGCUGCCCUAGAUGUUCUUGCAAAUGUGUAUCGUGAUGAGCUGCUGCCACAUAUUUUGCCCCUUUUGAAAGAAUUACUUUUUCAUCAUGAAUGGGUUGUUAAAGAAUCAGGCAUCUUGGUUUUAGGAGCAAUUGCUGAAGGUUGCAUGCAGGGCAUGAUUCCAUACUUGCCUGAGCUUAUUCCUCACCUUAUUCAGUGCCUCUCUGAUAAAAAGGCUCUUGUGCGUUCCAUAACAUGCUGGACUCUUAGCCGCUAUGCACACUGGGUAGUCAGCCAGCCACCAGACACGUACCUGAAGCCAUUAAUGACAGAAUUGCUAAAGCGCAUCCUGGAUAGCAACAAGAGAGUACAAGAAGCUGCCUGCAGUGCCUUUGCUACCUUAGAAGAGGAGGCUUGUACAGAACUUGUUCCUUACCUUGCUUAUAUACUUGAUACUCUGGUUUUUGCAUUUAGUAAAUACCAGCAUAAGAACCUGCUCAUUCUUUAUGAUGCCAUAGGAACAUUAGCAGAUUCAGUAGGACAUCAUUUAAACAAACCAGAAUAUAUUCAGAUGCUAAUGCCUCCACUGAUCCAGAAAUGGAACAUGUUAAAGGAUGAAGAUAAAGAUCUCUUCCCUUUACUUGAGUGCCUAUCUUCAGUUGCCACAGCACUGCAGUCUGGCUUCCUUCCGUACUGUGAACCUGUGUAUCAGCGUUGUGUAAACCUAGUACAGAAGACUCUUGCACAAGCCAUGCUAAACAAUGCUCAACCAGAUCAAUAUGAAGCUCCAGAUAAAGAUUUUAUGAUAGUGGCUCUUGAUUUACUGAGUGGCCUGGCUGAAGGACUUGGAGGCAACAUUGAACAGCUGGUUGCCCGAAGUAACAUCCUAACACUAAUGUAUCAGUGUAUGCAGGAUAAAAUGCCAGAAGUUCGACAGAGUUCUUUUGCCCUGUUAGGUGACCUCACAAAAGCUUGCUUUCAGCAUGUUAAGCCUUGUAUAGCUGAUUUCAUGCCAAUAUUGGGAACCAACCUAAAUCCAGAAUUCAUUUCAGUCUGCAACAAUGCCACAUGGGCAAUUGGAGAAAUCUCCAUUCAAAUGGGUAUAGAGAUGCAGCCUUAUAUUCCUAUGGUGUUGCACCAGCUUGUAGAAAUCAUUAACAGACCCAACACACCAAAGACGUUGUUAGAGAAUACAGCAAUAACAAUUGGUCGUCUUGGUUACGUUUGUCCUCAAGAGGUGGCCCCCAUGCUACAGCAGUUUAUAAGACCCUGGUGCACCUCUCUGAGAAACAUAAGAGACAAUGAGGAAAAGGAUUCAGCAUUCCGUGGAAUUUGUACCAUGAUCAGUGUGAAUCCCAGUGGCGUAAUCCAAGAUUUUAUAUUUUUUUGUGAUGCCGUUGCAUCAUGGAUUAACCCAAAAGAUGAUCUCAGAGACAUGUUCUGUAAGAUCCUUCAUGGAUUUAAAAAUCAAGUUGGCGAUGAAAAUUGGAGGCGUUUCUCUGACCAGUUUCCUCUUCCCUUAAAAGAGCGUCUUGCAGCUUUUUAUGGUGUUUAAUCUAAUACACUUAAGCUGCAGUCCCAAAAUUAGGGGUCCUUCAGUCUUGGAGACUAUGAGGGAGCCUCUGCACCCAGGGAAAAUGUUACCCUUUACAGGGGGGAAGGGUAAACCAGUAGGGAAUACAGUACAAUCCCAACCCUACUGGGAGGGGCGGGAGGGAGGUGUUGCCGUCACUGUAUUAAGUCGAUGUUGGGAAACGUUUUAACAUCUGGAGCUUUUGUGGGUGGAAAUAUGUCUCCAGUUACAACUCCGCAGUGGAUGUGAAGAAGCAAAAAAAAAAAAAAAAAAAAAAAAUCUAUUCAGUCUACUCACAAAACAGUACAUUGUGGAAUAUUAUGGGGAAUUGUACCAAAACAAGAACCAUAUAAAUGAUGCCUAGGGACAAGAAAGAGGAACAGUUCAACAGCGCACAAUAAAGGAAACCUAAGAAUGGGAGUUACAAAUAGUAAAGAAGCUUUUUUUUUUUUUUUAAUUUAAAGUUUUUUUAUAUAAGUUUUCCCACAUGAUGGGGCCUUGUUUUGCAUGUUGGUGAAGAACUACACAAACAAAACUAAUAUAGUUAAAAUCAGCUUGCCUUCCCAUAGUAGAAGCAGGUUCUUGGAAGUUACAAUUUAAGGUACCCCAAAAAAGUUGGAAAUAAAGCAAAACAAACAUAAACAAUGAAGCACCCUGUGAAAUGCCAAAUGAGUCACUCCUUUUACCUUUUUUGGGAUGGGCAGGGAGGGAGGAAUAAAUGGGGUUGGGCAUAUCAAACUAAAGAUGACAUCUUAAUUUUGCAUUGAACAUUAAUGUAGCAGAUAUAAUUUGAUGGUUAUACUUCAUUAGUUAAUUUCUAGGCCAAGAUGUUAUUUUUUAAAGUGCAGUUUAAGGUUCAGGCAUGCAUUCUGGCUCAUAGUGGUUGAAAGUAAUUGAAAUUAGUGGGAAAGUAGCAUGCUUGCAUCACAUAGAGUGAGAUUGGUAUUCAUUUACCUAUGUUGCGCCAGUUUGUGUUGCAGUUUACCAAUUCAAUAUAGCCCUGCAUUUAAAGUUCCUUUUUAAGAUUUGUGGAUUUUAUUUUUUAUUAAGAAUAUAGAUAUAUAAAGUACUGUAGUUACAGGUAGGCCUUGAAAUAUCUUUUUUAGGAUCUGUUAGGAUAAGAUUGAUAUUGUAUCGUGUGUAACCUGCACAAUGUGGAAAGCUGAUAUACCUGUGCAAAAUCUUUGCCUCUGUGCUGUCAGUGUGAUGUGCUUUCUGCAUGGUUAUAUACUACUAGUGAUUUUAUCAAAACUUCUAAAAUUUAAAUUACAUGGUAAAAGAUCUGUAAAAGGCUGCAUAAAUGUUAGUUGGCACAUAAAGACAAUUGUAGAAGUUGAAAAUGAUUGCUAUAUUUCAAUGUUUAUUCCCACUCAACAUACUGCCUUCUAAGCUUCCCUUUUUUGUUCAAAGCAUGAUCUUAAAGAUAUGUUUAAGUUAAUGGAUGUAAUGCAGGGUUCCUACACUGUAUUUUGGCGCAUGUUGGUGGCCCUCUGUGCCCUAGAUAUAUGCACACAGGGUGCAAGUUAAAAGCUACAGAGUGAAAGUUGGUUUGGAUCCUCUUCAUUUCAUUUGUUUAGCUUUUCUGUUAUUUUUCUCUACUUACAUGUAUUCCUGUGAAUAAAUCCUUGUUAAGUUAACCCUUUACUUUUCCUUCCAUGUGUAUUUUCUUAUAUACUGUGAAUGUGAAAACCUAACUGGUACACUUGAUCUUGUGUUCAUAUGAAAGUGCAAGUCUUUAUUAAUUUGGAUUGCCUGAACAGUGUAUCCCAUGAUGAAGGAAAAUGGAGAGAUUUUUCUUUUUAACUCUGCUGGUCAGAGAUGAAGCCACGCCUUUCCAUUUUUCAAUGCUGCAUAUUUAAUCUGCAACAAAAAUGUUAAGCCAUAACAGCCUUUUUAUAUUUUAGUUUGUCACCUUCGCAUUGCAGAAUAAAUACUGAGUAACCAUUUUUAUAA